AUUACGACAUAAAGUUUCACUUAUUGGCCAGCAGACAUAUGAAGGGAGCUGAUGGCUCGCACAUUAGAUCUGAAAGACCGGUGCGCGCGUUUAAGAUGAUCACGCAGGUGAACUAAAGCGCGGAAACGCAUUUGUACAGCAUCAAAACAUCUCUGUGAACAAUUUAAGAAAAUUCAGCCUGGUCAUUUCCGACAGACAAUAUGACAGCAACAGCUAACACUGGGGAUAAAAUCACGACGUCGCUGAAUGAUUUCAUGCGCUCUCUGCCAUUAAACGUCUAUGGGCUGGAUGAGAUCCCCACAUCACUGUCUACAGGUUUCUCUGAUGUACAUGGGGUCUGUGAACCGUUUAGUGAAGCGUCCGGAGGUGGCUUGAGCACCGACAGUUUCAGCGCUGAGAAACAGAGCCUUGACCUUGCAGAGUCAAGCAGGUUCUCCCCGCACAGCGCGCCUGUCGCCUACACAGGAAAAAUUUCCAUCGACGCGCACGGAAGUUGGAAUCAAGAGGGAAUAAUCAACUUUGUCAGUGCAGGAGUACAAGACAGACCAUCUUCCUCCGGAUCAUUCUCCACGAGCUCUCCAGCUCCAACAGACCUUACGCCGGGCUGCUCCAAAACAAGCCAAACACUUGCCAACAUGGAGCACAUGUACACAUCUCCUCCCCCUUACACCUGUAGCGCCGAUGGGUACCAAGACCAUUCGGCCUAUUUGUCGACCACCGCGUGCCCCUUAACAUACGCCACCCCGUCCUACUCGACUCCAAAGUCAACUAUAGAUGGGAGUCACGGGACGCUGUUUUCUAUCAUUCCUGAAUAUGGGGGGUUUUAUCAAGCCAGUAACAGUCAAAGGGACAUGGCUAUGUUUCAGGACAUCAAGCCAUUUUCAUGCUCUUUGGAAUCUAUUCGAGUCCCCCCACCUCUGACUCCAUUGAACACAAUCAGAAAUUUUACACUGGGGUGUCCGGUAGACGGGUCAAGGCCACCGAUAGACGCCAAUCCCCAGAACAUCCCACUCAGGCCGAUAUUGCGGCCGCGGAAAUACCCAAACCGACCGUGCAAAACCCCCGUCCACGAGCGCCCGUAUCCCUGCCCGGCUGAGGGAUGCGACCGGAGAUUCUCUCGCUCGGAUGAGCUCACGCGACACGUCCGCAUCCACACCGGACACAAACCGUUUCAGUGCCGCAUCUGCAUGCGCAGCUUCAGUCGGAGCGACCACCUGACGACUCACAUCCGCACGCACACGGGCGAAAAGCCCUUCUCCUGUGAUUUCUGCGGGAGGAAGUUCGCGAGGAGCGACGAACGGAGGCGGCACACAAAAAUCCAUCAGAGACAGAAAGAUAAGAAGGUGUCAAAUCCCCCACACAACUCAAACGCCGAUGGGACGGCGAUGUGAACUGCUGAAUCGUUUGUUACGUGGUUCAAACUCUCGCUCUGUUUUGUUUGAAGGCAGCUUAAGACUUUUUUAACGUUGAAUGUAUUUUGUUGUAGUAUGCAGAAGAAUAGAAACGUCCGUUAAGCUAAACAUUGGUAAAGCAUAGUUUUCUAAGUUUUUGCAAAGCAAUUGUGCCAUCACAACUACUUGUCAUGUGAUGCAUAAUUGCAUGUUACUACACUGAGGUAUCCAAGUUGUUUACAUAGCUCCAUGAGUUCUCUUUUUAUUGAUAUCAUCGCCGUUUAUGUGUCUGAAUAAAACAAUGCUAAUCAUGUGGUGCGUUUAUUUGGGAAAAAUUGGCUUUUUGAUAAAACACAGCAUAACGGAAGCAUACCACC